CUUUGCCCUGAAAACAGUGACUACAUUUCCCCGCAUUCUGUUCGACAUUAAUAUAUAACAACAAACCCCAGUGCACGUUCAAAACGGUGUCAUUCAAAACACAGACAUGGUGGCAUAACUCGCUCUGUAGUGGAGAUAUCCGAGCUAAUCAGUGAGGUGCCGGUUUAAUAUAGGCACAAUGAGCUGCUGGAUGUUGUUACGGUUGCACAGCGGGGACCUCCGCAGAUCUCUCCUGCCUCUGUACUGUUCCCUCAGCCUGCGAGCUCUCAGUUCUGGAGCUAUCAGCCGCAGCUUGAGAGAGAGUUACCGUAUACUGCAGUUGCCUGAUGAUGGAGCCAGCGAUGCUGCAGAGGUCAAGGAGGCUUACCUACACAUGGCCAAGCUCUACCAUCCAGAUUCCGGCGCUCCCACAGCAGACGCUGCUCUAUUUUCCAAGAUAGAGGAGGCCUAUCGGGCUGUUUUAGCCCACCUCGCCCGACAAAAGGCAGCCUCACAUGAUACCCAAUCGAUGGAGGAAGAAGAGGAAGAUAAAAUUAAAAGUAAUGCCCCUCAACACAGACAUUACCUCAGUUUUGAAGGCAUUGGUUCUGGGACUCCAAGCCAAAGAGAGCGACAGUACCGACAGUUUCGUGUAGACCGCGCCACCGACCAGGUUCUGGAGUAUCGACAGAAGGAGAUGGAGAAGGCGGCAGCAGACGAAGGAGCCAUGGUGACCCGAGAUGCACGUUUGCGCAGCAAGCAGAUCAAAAUCACUCAGGCAGUGGAGAGGCUGGUUGAGGACCUCAUCCAGGAGUCGAUGGCCCGUGGAGACUUCCAAAACCUCAGUGGCACUGGCAAACCGCUCAACAAGUUUGAUCACAACCCGUAUAUGGACCCCAUGACGCACAACCUCAACAGAAUCCUUAUCGACAACGGUUACCAGCCAGAAUGGAUCGUGGCUCAGAAGGAGAUCAGGGAAACCAUUGCUAAAAUGAGGAUGAGCUUGCAGGAGGUCAGGGCAAGGUUGGGAGAACCCAUGAGACACUCAGAAACUCUCCAGUGGAAGGAGCACUGCGCUGCGUUUGCUGAUGAACUGGGGAAACUCAACAAGAAAGUGGACAAUUUCAACCUGAUUGUGCCUCUUAUGAACAGGCAGAUGGUGCAUUACAGCCUGAAGAGAGAGCUGGAGAAGAUACUGAAAACUGAUCAGCUGCUCAGGCAGGAGAAGGAAAGAGAAAAAGAAAAGAAGCAAAAGGAGCAGAUGGAGACAGCAAGAACAUCUCAGAACACCAGACAAGGACUCAUCACAUGGAUGCAGAAUCUUCUUAAAUGAGGCCGCAAUAAAAUGCGGAGUUGUAUUUCAUGUGUUGGCCUGUUGUUAGUGUGAUUAAGAUUAUUUUGCCCUUCCUUGUUUUUAUCAUAACUGUAAUACAGUAAGAAACUAUUAUUUUAAUUUAUAAUAAUUAAAUCAUUAAAUAAAUAAAUAAAUAAAUACUAUC